AUGGGCGCCGAAGCCACUACAGUGGGAGAACAUGCUGCACAGCCGGACGAUAGUGCCGACUGGGACGGCGAUGGCGACCCGGCAAACCCGUUGAACUGGCCAUCCAUAACCAAAGCGUCGAACCUGUCCCUUUUAUCAACAAUGGCUUUCAUCACGUAUUCCCCCUCCGGUCUUCCAAUGUUUGUGCCCGGAAUGCUGAUCGACGGAUCUAGGCCUCUUGCAUCAUCAAUGUUUGCCCCGGCCAUAUCGCGAGUAAUGGACGAUUUCCACAGUACCGACGAGUUCAUGGCCACGUUUUCCGUCUCGGUAUAUUUGAUUGGCUACGGCUUUGGCCCGCUUUUGUUUGCUCCAUUGUCAGAGACUUACGGGAGGGUGAUCAUAUACCACGUCACCAACGUUCUCUAUGUGGUCUUCACGGUGGCUUGCGCAGUUGCACCUUCAUUGGAUAGCCUCACAGGCUUUCGCUUCCUCGCUGGCUCAGCGGGGUCGGCCUGUCUUGUCUUGGGUGCAGGAAGUGUGGCCGACAUGUAUCCUCGCGAGCGACGGGGCUCUAAAAUGACAGCCUUUGUCCUGGGCCCGCUCAUGGGUCCUGUGGUAGGAAUGUAUUCAUUGCGCAGCACGUCCAGAGUUGGGAUUAACAUGUUGAAAACAGGGCCUAUCGCUGGCGCGUUUAUCUCCCAAGACUUGAAGUGGCGAUGGAUUUUCUGGAUCCUGACAAUCGCGGCCGGUGUUGUCACGGUGGCAUGUCUGUUCUUCUUACGAGAAUCUUAUGCCCCUGUCCUCUUGGCGAGAAAAGCUGCAAAGCUCAGAACACACGCCGAUAGCGCGCCGUCUGUUGCUGCUGACCUAAAGCCUGGUGCAGCUCUACUGAACGCCUUAUUGCGUCCAGCGAAGAUGUUCUUCCUGUCCACGAUUGUUCUGGUCUCGGUGUUGUACAUGUCAAUAAUAUACGGCUAUCUAUACCUCCUCUUCACUACACUCACCGAGGUAUAUGAAGAUACCUAUGGCUUCUCUACUGGCAUUGCGGGGCUGUCUUUCCUUGGGCUGGGAGUGGGAAUGGUUUUUGGUCUGGGUGUCUUCGGCGCGACCAGCGACAAGAGGAUGAGAAAGAAGAAGGAGGAAGUUGGGGAAGUCGAACCAGAGUUUCACCUCCAAGCGCUCAUACCCGCAGCUGUGUGUAUUCCGGUGGGACUGGUUUGGUACGGCUGGUCCGCUGAAAAGAAGGUCCAUUGGAUUAUGCCGAUCCUCGGGACCGCAUGGGUAGGGUUUGCAAUGAUGGGUGUCUUCUUCGCGGUUCAGAUGUAUCUAAUCGAUUGCUAUCCAUUGUAUGUGGCAUCAGUCACGGCGGCAAACACGGUGAUACGGUCGUUAGUCGGUGCAUUCCUUCCACUGGCCGGAAAGCCCCUGUAUACAGAUCUCGGUCUUGGUUGGGGAAACACGGUGUUGGCAUUCAUCGCCCUUGCAAUGGUUCCUCUACCAUUCGUGUUUCUGAGAUAUGGCGCCUGGUUGAGAACACAUCCUCGGUUUCAGAUCAAGCUUUGA